AUGCCGGUUACUCGUAAUAUGUCUGGAAAACUGGAAAACGCUGAAGAAUAUCUUCGAGUCAAUUUAUCUUCACCGCAAGUUUCUUCUUUACCUGUUUCCUUAUCUGUUUCUGAUAAUUUUAAACACACCCCUCAUGUCAGCCCAGGUUUUGAUAAUAUUGCUAUGGGAGGUAGUGUAGUAGUAGACUCCGAUGUUGAUUCGGAUGUGGCUACCGAAUUAGAGAUCCUAGAGCUUAAGGUUCAAGAGCUUAGACUUCGCAGCAAACAACGAAAAUUGAAGAGCGAGCGCUCUCAACAAGUCAAGACUGCAGCCAGCUGCGUUCGAUCUUGCGCCAAUCCCUCGGAAAGCCAACUCCUAGACGGUAGCACCAUGUAUUGUACAGCACAACCAUCAGGGUCAAAUUGUACUGCAACUCCAGUCCAACCACUCCUGAACUCAGUUAGCCCCAUUAGAAUGCCUCAAAUUGAGAUGGAUAAGUUCGAUGGUACACCGACUAAGUUCUUGAAGUUUAUAAGAUGCUUUAACAUGUUCAUAGGAGAACAAACUAAUGAUGACAACCUACGGUUAAUGCAUCUUAUACACAAUUGUGUUGGUAUAG